ACAUGUUUACGUGAUCCAAUGCUGCGAUAAACCUCGUGCUACUGUGUGGAAGUGUGAAAUACAGGUUAGCGUGUAUACCACGGCAUAUACUUUAAACACUGAUUAAAAUCUAACAUAACAGUUUCAAAAUUUUGGUUGAAAUCACAAUACGUCAAUAAUAUAUUUAUAAUCAUGGCGGUACGUGUACAAUUUGAAAAUAACAACGAAGUUGGAGUGUUUUCCAAGUUAACAAAUUCUUAUUGUCUGGUAGCAAUCGGUGGUUCCGAGAAUUUUUACAGUGUAUUUGAGGCAGAAUUAGCUGAAACCAUACCUGUAAUUCACGCAUCAGUUGCAGGAUGUCGUAUAAUUGGUCGAUUAUGCGUAGGAAACAAAAAUGGGUUAUUGGUGCCAAACACAACAACAGAUACAGAACUACAACAUAUACGAAAUUCCCUACCAGAUAAUGUUAAAGUACAAAGAGUUGAAGAAAGGCUAUCUGCUCUGGGUAAUGUUAUUGCCUGCAAUGAUCAUGUUGCUUUAGUACAUCCUGAUCUUGAUAGGGAAACAGAAGAAAUUUUAACUGACACAUUGAAUGUAGAAGUAUUUAGGCAAACUGUGGCAAGUAAUGUUCUUGUAGGCUCGUAUUCUGUAUUAUCGAAUCAAGGUGGUUUAGUACAUCCAAAAACAUCCAUACAAGAUCAAGAUGAAUUAUCAUCUUUGUUACAAGUACCACUUGCGGCAGGCACAGUAAAUAGAGGUAGUGAUGUUAUAGCUGGAGGAAUGGUUGUAAAUGAUUGGGUUGCCUUUUGUGGUAUGGAUACAACUUCCACAGAACUUUCAGUUAUUGAAAGCGUUUUUAAACUUAAUGAAGCUGUUCCAACUGCUAUUACAUCAACUAUGCGUGCGUCACUUAUAGAAAGUAUGUCUUAAUUAAAGCAAAAUGUAUAAAUAAUGUUUAACAGUAGACUAUGUCAAUACUGCGCAAAACAAUAAGCAUUAUGCAUUCAACAAUACAGUUGCAGUAAACCCACUUUCUGUAUAAUUCCGACACAAAGUAAUUUAUAAUUGUAGUAAAAUUCUGUAUUAAUAUUUACACUACAUGUAUUAUUAAGUUCUUUCAUGGACCAUCCAAACAACUUUUACCGAGUAAAAUGUAGUCUAUUGAAUGAAAUGUAUCUAAAAAGAUAUCUCAAAAUAAAAAAUAAAUAAUACUAAAUCACCAAA